UGUAUUUUUUAUAUAUAUGCAUGAUCACGUUUAAUUGCUGUGUUUUUCUUUGGAGUGAAUUGUUUUUCUUUCGUGUGGAUUUGCUGUGUGGAUUUGCUGUGUUUGUAUUUGGAAAACAGUUCCCUAUAGCCACACCUCUAUUCCUGAUAGAUUAAUGAACUAAUAAGUGAUGGAUACUGGGCGGAGCGGGUGAUUUGUUCCCUUAUAAAAGGACGUAACAGUGACUGACGGGGUGGUGGCAGCAUUGUGUAUUCGUAACUGAAGUCAACACAGUGAGUGAGAAAUCACGUUGUGCCUGCAUCAGAGGUGAGUGUUUGUGUUUCACUCAUGUUGAGACGGCCUAUGGCUAUGAGAGACUGCAGCACAUGGUAGACGAGUGACCACAACGUUGACGAUUCACGGAGCACUGUUGGAGUAGCAGCGUGUGAGACGGGCUGAGGGCCGGCUGCGAGGGCUUACCGGGAGUUUUGGGAGACGAUAAGAAAACGACGUGGUUCUUCUGCCGUGAACACAUUGGACUGGAUAGCAGGGUUGCUGUCCAGUCAUGCAGUGAGUACGCUCUGACUUCUACCUUGCGGUGCGCCUAUCCAAUUUAAUUUAUUGCCUCAUAACGGACGAAAACCAUCCUGUUGUGUAUAAUUGUACCUGAGUGACAUCUUGAAUCGGCCGAUAUUGUUAAGGAAGUUUUAGUUGUAUUUAAUACGUUUUUUUAAACUGUUGAUGUGAAUUGGACAUUGUAUGCUGGCAGUUUUUUCCUCUUGUCUUCCAGCAUCGGGCUGAUACUGAUCUCUAUGUGUGACUGAGUGUUAACGGACAGCUGCUGUAAUACUGAGGUCUAGUAGAGACUGAGUUAAACCCUGCCCUCGAGCUGAAGAUCUGGACUUUGGACUUGCUGGUUGUUUGAUAAAUUUGAUGUUUUUCUUGCAACUAAUUUUAUGUGCCUAUUAUUCCAAGCUACCUGUACUCAGUGGACGACGAGGCUGCUCAGUCGGUCCGAAAUCACUCCAUGUCUCCUCUGUCCCCAUCUGGUACCUUUCAGAGCAUUGUAUCUCUGUACGAUAACACAACACGCCUGACUGACUUCAGCCCACAGAUGAGCACGGCUAGCCCAAUGACCCCAAAGCAUACUUCUGUGACGCCCCCUCAAGAUAAGUCAGACUGCCCCAAAGCAGAUGACCAGCUUCUGAAUGAGAAUGUGAAAGUGGGUCUGUUGUUUGCCUCUAAAGCAACAGUACAGUUAAUUACUAACCCCUUCAUAGGGCCCCUGACCAACAGAAUAGGAUACCAGAUCCCGAUGUUUGCUGGUUUCUGCAUCAUGUUUGUGUCAACCAUAAUGUUUGCAUUUUCAUCGAGUUAUACGUUGCUGUUUUUGGCCAGAUCUCUACAAGGUGUCGGCUCUUCCUGUUCUUCUGUGGCGGGUAUGGGGAUGCUGGCGAGUGUUUACUCAGAUGAUGAGGAAAGAGGAAAUGCUAUAGGAAUUGCGCUGGGAGGACUGGCCAUGGGAGUUUUGGUUGGCCCUCCGUUUGGCAGUAUCAUGUAUGAGUUUGUCGGUAAGACGGCUCCUUUCCUUAUCCUGGCAGUGCUGGCGGUGCUUGAUGGAGCUUUGCAGCUUUUUGUGCUUCAGCCUUCGAAGGUUGAACCAGAGACCCAAAAGGGAACUUCACUAAUUACCCUCAUGAAGGAUCCAUACAUCCUCAUCGCAGCAGGUUCCAUUUGUUUUGCUAACAUGGCCAUUGCUAUGCUGGAGCCAGCUCUCCCCAUCUGGAUGAUGGAGACUAUGUGUCCCAGGAAAUGGCAGCUAGGGGUUGCGUUUGUGCCGGCCAGCAUUUCAUAUCUAAUAGGGACCAACAUCUUUGCUGUUUUGGCUCACAAAAUGGGGAGAUGGCUGUGCUCACUUAUAGGGAUGGUUCUGGUUGGAGUCAGCAUUCUCUGUGUGCCUCUUGCAAAGGACAUAUACGGACUCAUUGUGCCAAACUUUGGAGUUGGAUUUGCAAUAGGUAUGGUGGACUCCUCCAUGAUGCCUAUCAUGGGUUACCUAGUAGAUCUGAGGCAUGUGUCUGUGUACGGCAGUGUGUACGCCAUUGCUGAUGUUGCCUUCUGCAUGGGCUUCGCAUUUGGUCCAUCGGCAGGUGGGGCGAUCGCGCGGAGCAUUGGCUUCCCCUGGCUCAUGACCAUCAUUGGUGUGGUAGACAUCCUGUUCGCUCCUCUCUGUUUCUUCCUGCGAAAUCCUCCUGCUAAUGAGGAAAAGAUGGCCAUUCUGAUGGACUCGAACUGUUCAAUGAAGACCCGUUCUUACUCCACCCAGGGCUCCAGCUACCAAAUGGAUGACGAUUUUGAUCCAGAGAGCCCUGAAUAAGCCUCAUCAAAGCCCUAGGCCAUGUACGUCACCCAGAGUAUCUAUUUUGUCGUAUGAAAUAGGAAAACAAUAGACUUUAAAGAAAACCACCAUGCUGAUUGGUGAGAAUGUCCCAUAUCUGUCCCAAACUGUCCUGUGGUUGUGAUGGUCAUGUUCUUCUGAAGCAAACCAAAGUUGUUCUCGUUGCUGUUUGUUCUCAAUGUGGAAGGGGUGAAAUGUCUAACCAACAGCCUUAUCGAUUUGGAUAACAUUUGUGUGUGAGGAUAAACGGAAAACAUAACUACAAUUUUAUUCCGAAUAAUAAUUUUCAUUUUUUUCUCAUUAGAAAGUCCGACAGGGUAGUUGAUGAGAUUCAUUCAGUAUAACAUAAUGGGCAGAUAUGUACUGGAUAUUUAUUGUUUGUCUGUGGUGGUAGGAAAGUGAGGUCUUCAUAUAUGUAUCUAUCGGUCCUGUUAAAGUCUUUUCAUAGAUGUAAAUGUCAUUGUAUUCAGUCAGAACUCACCUUGAAAUGGGCCUUAAAAUGUUAUAGAGAACUGCUGAAGAACAUGUUAGGUCAAUUAAAACUUGAACUUUCA